AUGCACCCCAUGCUGUACUACCGGGGCGCGCCCCCAUUGACCGACGACGAUGCCAGUAGCGAUCCUCCAUCUACUCGCUCCUCCAACGACGCCCCAGAGCAUGCCGCCCAUGUGCGCUCCCGGUCGACCGCGCACGUACAAAGCAGCCCGAAACGCCUUUCGGUCUUUGGGAGCCGCUCAAGAAGCAACACCACCUCCACUACCUCUGAGCGCCGUUCGCCAAACAACUCCAUGACUUCCUCCGAGGGCUCCUCUGGCUUCCCCCCGGAUGAACGCACCGCCUCUGCAACGGGCACGCGCCCCGACUACCAGCACCACCGGACAUCGCGGUCAUUCCUGGCCCGCUCGAGUCGCAUCCUCCGCCGCCAGGGCAGCAAAGUCAACAUCGUUGCUACGCUGGACGAGGAAGAAGAGAUGGGACACAUGCACGAGAGGACCGAAUCGCAUCACCGUCUCCACCGUCAACGGCGUAUGAAUCACCAUGAGCACAUGAAGAGCCUCAUUUCCGACCCAUUCGACUUCCAUCACCUCACCCACACGAGCCCGGCACAGUUCCCGUCCCUGGAUCAAACCCGAGAAAACGAUCUGAUCACUGAGUUCUCGGUCAUCCGCGCGUCUCAGCGCGCACAAACAGAUCUCAAGGGCAUUCAUGCCGAAGACAUUCAUUUCCGCAACUUUUCUUCAGACGAAUUGACCGCGUACGGCACGGCAACUACUGUGGACGCCGUGGCUCGCAGCCCGCCAGGUUCCCCUGAGGUCGGCAGAACCAGCCCAUACCGUGGGGGCCAUACGCGGAGGGAAUCUCGCGUCAAUGAGAACUUCUCGCGACCAGUCUCGAGAUAUCCCCGAUCUUGUCCCACCACACCACCACCUGCGGUUGCCCUUGACCUGCCUCCAGCCACUGAGGAAGUUGAAGAGGAGGAGGAUGACGAAGCCGAGUUUGCACGGCGCGCUAUCGAUGAAGUGCUGGGCCUCGCUUCCGCGAGGACGUACCCGGAGUUCAUUCAGAACGGGGAACCAUCAUCGUACCUAGUAGACGAUAUGACCGUUAGGACCGCAUCCAGCAACAGCCACUACGACCUGGCCGAUGUUCCUGAGGAGGAAGAAACAACUCGCAUGUGGGACAGCCCCGAGUCCAGCCUUGGAUACUCCCAUUCUCGCUCGGUCUCCCAUGUGAGUCCACCUGUGGCCGACGCUCACGCACCCAGGAUAGUUGCUCCCAAACAGCCAUUGUCGAUCUUCGUGGCCGAGGAGCUGUCCCGCAAAUUCUCGCAGGCGCUGGGCUCGCCGACCCUACCCGAGAACCAAGUCCCAUCUCGGCGUGAAGAUGUGAACCAGCGGAGGCCGAUCCCCCGCAGCGUGGGCCAGCUCUCGUCCGAGGAUGAAUUGUACGAUUCCUGGGACGCGGACAUCGACUACUGCUACGAGCAUGCGGCCGAGUCCACCUCCAACUUCGAUUGGUCGCGCGUUUCUCUGGAGGAGUCGCAGCGCCAGAAGGUUGGAGGGACGGAAGGUCCGUGGCUGACAGCCCCGUCCAGUCGAUACCUACAACCAAGCCCACUGAGUGAAACCACUCUUGCGACCCCGGAUUUGGCCCCAGCCUCCGCACGCUCCGCACCUUCUCAACAGGCGAUCACGCCGUCUUCAACCGAGUAUGAACCAGACCUCAUGGUCCGGAGUGCGCCGGACUACUUCCACCAACCUGUCAGUUCCUCGAUCCUGCCAUCAGCGCUGGGCAAGCAGAUCACCCAUGAGACGCUGUAUGAGGAUUAUCUGGCAGCUGAUUCGGAAUCAGAUCGGCACUUUCCGUUUCAGGGAAUAAUCGCCUCUGCCGAGCAUCCCGUUUCUUCCCCGCGCAGUAGUUUCUCGCCGAUCAGCAAGUGCAAUUCCCAAGAGAGCUUGAUGCUCUCCCGCGCUGCGUCGAUCGUGCGCAAGCACCGCUCGUCGGUUUCGACGACCAGCGUCCCCGAACUGGUGCAUAGUCUCUCUAACAGCCGUGAGCUGAUGCCGACCAAGCGUACGAGUGCCGGCGAGAUCGUGGUGUGCCCUCCCAGCCGCCCGGACUCAUCCUCCCUCCACCGCCAGACGAAGAGUCUGGCCGAAGCGCACUUCCUGCUGCAGGCAGACAGCAGCCCAUCUGUUGAAGACACCGAUACCACCCCUCCUGCGAUUCAUGAUCGGGCCAAGUCUACCUUCGAGGUUUCUAGGCCCUCCGGCGGACCUCCGAUGGUGCCUGCAAAAAACCCCAAUCGGAAGAAGACCCGCACCACCUCCUACUCUCUUUUCCCUACCGCCAAUGCCAUCUAG